AUGAAUUUUUUUUUCAAGUUGGAUUUUGUGAAGCGCAACUUAAACGUGUGUAAAAGACCCCUCGCCCUUCUUCUUUCUUUCUUUCUUUCAUUCUGUCACUGUUAUUUCUUUCUUUUCACUCUCUCUCUCAUUCAAUCUUUCUUUCUCUCCUUCUCGCUCUCCCUCCCUCCCUCCUUUUCUUUCUUUCUUUCUUUCUUUCUUUCUUUCUUUCUUUCUUUCUUUGAUUGUUUGUGUCUUUCUCUGUCUCCCUGUCUGUCUCCCUUUCUUUCUUUCUUUCUUUCUUUCUUUCUUUCUUUCUUUCUUUCUUUCUUUCUUUCUUUCUUUCUUUCUUUCUUUCUUUAUCUCUUACUUUUGUUUUCUUUCUUUAAAUCUUUCUUUCUCUGUCUCCCUCUCUCUUUGAUAGUUUCUUUCUUUCUUUCUUUCUUUCUUUCUUUCUUUCUUUCUUUCUUUCUUUCUUUCUUUCUUUCUUUCUUUCUUACUUUUUUUCUUUCUUUCUCUGUCUCCCUUCUUUCUUUCUUUCUUUCUUUCUUUCUUUCUUUCUUUUCACUCUCUCUCCCCCUCUCUUUCUUUCAUUCGUUAUUUCCUUCUCUCUCUAUUUCUUUCUCUCUCUUUCUCCUUCUCUCUUUCAGUCUCACUUUCUUUCUUUCUCUCUCCCUUUCUAUCUCUCUUUUUAUCUCUCUGUAUUUUUUUCAUUCUUUCUCUCCUUUUUCUUUCUUUCUUUCUUUCUUUCUUUCUUUCUUUCUUUCUCGUCUCCUUACUGACCUGUCAUUGCAAACAACUUUUUGA